AUGGAGAAGGAUCUCUUAGAUAUCUCUGGAGAAGACGAAGACUAUUGGCUUCUGAAAUCUACGCCGAAGAAAGGCGUUAUGCCGUUUGCCGGUGGUAAUUCCGGCCGAGAAAUGAGUUAUAUGGAUUGUUCACCCCUCCAAAUCCCUAGAUCGAGUCGUAACGUUUGUACUCGACCUCCUUUUUCUCCAAUUGGAGGAUCAAAAGGCAACAGCAACAUGGAGCAGCCGAGCGGUUCUGUUAAUACAGACAGUAUAGGCAAGGAGAAUACUGGUGGGAUCAAAUUUGAAUUGCCUAAACUAAGUGUGGAGAGGCAACAGAUGAAAAAGAAGAAAAAGAAUGCGGGAUUUAACUUGCGGAAAAGCUUAGCUUGGGAUAAAGCUUUUUCAACAGAAGAAGGUGUUUUGGAUCCAGUUGAGCUAUCUAAAAUAACUGGAAAUGCUUGCCAAACUGGUGGAGGUCUGUUACCUGCCAUUCAGGAAGAGUUCAGAGAGUCAAUGUCAGCUUCGAAAUGUACUAGCGUUUCACCAGGACUACAAGCACUUGAAGAAAACUUAUUUAACGACUUGCCUUUGAAUAGUAAAAGUAGAGAGAAGAAGAAGAUGAGUGGCAUACUGUCGAAGUACGCAUCACCAUCUAAAGCCCAAUCUUCCUUGGUGAGUUUACUGGAUAUGAAUUGCCCAGAGAAAAGUUACUCCAGCUCAGGACUUGAGGAGCGGUACAAAACGCAGUGGCUGUCCCCGCCCUCCUCCUUCAUCUUCAUAUCCUUUUCUUACUUACUACCUGCAAACAUGUAUACAACUACACCACAUGGCAGAGAGCUGAGCGUAUCUAAAGUUUCUACUACCAAAUCUGAUCCACCUACAUUUGCAACUAACAUGACGAGGAUGAUUCAAAGUCCAAGCAAAGCGAAACAAAGUCAACCUACUCAAUCAAAGAAUUCUCAGAGGAGCUUAGGAUCUGUAAGCUUCUCUAAUAGCACCAAGAGUAAAACAAAAUCCAGCCUGGCGAGCAAGUCUUCAAUCCCUAAGCCCUCCAUUAAGCAAGCUAGAAGAAAUGUGGUCAGCAAAUCAUCAGAAGUUCCUUCAGUAUCCAACUCACAGCAUUCUGUUGCUGGGAAGUCCAACGUUGGCCCUAUGACUACAGCAGAUGUGGCUAUGCUUGGUCAUACUUCAAAUUUCCCGAACUCUAAUGUAAUUACUAUGGGCACCUCGUUAGCCCAAAGUUCUUGCAGUAGAAUUGGAAGAAUGCAAUCCGCAGUUUCACGACUGGGAAAGCCAUCAGGUUUAAGAGUGCCAUCUCCUUCAAUUGGCUAUUUUAGUCAGUCCGAUUCUCAACCACCGCACAGUGCAGGAGACAAACAUAGCCAGCUAACUAGGUCUUCUUUGAUCCCUACAUCAAAGAAACCCCAAGUUGCUGAAAAAGUUCCCCGUCUUAACUCCAAGUCAGCAACUGGAAACAUCGGCAGGUUGGGUCCAGCUGCAGGUUUCUCUUCUCAAUCAAUACUCCCCAAACCUUCCGUGAAAGUAGACUUGAAAAGCACUCGGGAAGUAGAAUCCAGAGUGUCGUCUUGUACAUUGAGUUCUCAGCUAUUUGUACAUCAGAGAAAGUUGCCACUGCAUACUGUGAAGAAUUCCAGAGUAACAGUGAGCUGCCACCCUCAGAUUGCCCAGAUAACGUAG